CGGCCGUUGGGCGACAGUUGGUGUUUGAGUGGCAGCGCGGGGCCUGUUGCCAUGGAGCCGCGGAUGAGCGAGCUGUUUGGGGGUGUCCCGGGCCCCGGGGCAGGGGCGGGGAGCCCGACCCCGGCCCCGAUCCCGGGCCGCGGUUCAGUGCGGCCACCCUCGGCCCCGGCCCCGGCCCCGGCCCCGGCCCGGGUACCGGCCGGACGCAGUCGCGGCGCUGGCCUGGCGAGAGUGUCCUCCGGCCGCAGCCUGACAUCCGCCCCAACUCCCGGCUCCGGUUCCACCGGCGCAUCUCCGGCGCCCUGUCCAUCUCAGAGGGGCAAAAGCAGCGCGACGAUCAAGACCGGGCACAAGAAGGCAAAGAGUCGACCGCGGGGCCGCAACAACCCGCCCUUCCUGCCGCCCGAGGCAGAAGAAGGAAACAUCGAGUAUAAGCUGAAGCUGGUCAAUCCGUCGCAGUACCGCUUUGAACACCUGGUCACACAGAUGAAGUGGCGUCUCCAGGAAGGCCGCGGCGAGGCUGUUUAUCAGAUCGGGGUGGAGGACAACGGUCUGUUGGUGGGGCUGUCCGAGGACGAGCUCAAGGCCUCACUCAAAACCCUGCGCAGGAUGGCAGAGAAGGUGGGAGCGGACAUCACGAUUCUGCGGGAGUGCAACGUUGCCUAUGACGUAGACUCCCCCCGACGGAUUGCUGAGGUUUUGAUUCGGAAAGUUCCUGAUGACCAACAGUUCCUCGACCUGCGAGUGGCUGUCCUCGGGAACGUGGACUCCGGGAAGUCAACCCUGCUGGGGGUCCUGACGCAGGGCGAGCUGGAUAACGGGCGCGGCAGAGCACGGCUCAACCUCUUCAGGCACCUGCAUGAGAUCCAGUCAGGCCGCACAUCCAGCAUCAGCUUCGAGAUCCUGGGAUUCAACAGCAAAGGAGAGGUGGUAAAUUACAGCGACUCGCGCACAGCAGAGGUCAUCUGUGAAAGUGCCUCCAAAAUGAUCACUUUCAUCGACUUGGCAGGACACCACAAGUACCUGAAGACCACCAUCUUUGGUCUCACCAGCUACUGCCCCGACUUUGCCAUGCUUGUUGUCAGUGCCAACACGGGCAUAGCUGGCACCACCCGGGAGCACCUGGGCUUGGCCAUGGCCCUCAAGGUGCCCUUCUUCAUUGUGAUCAGUAAAGUGGACCUGUGCACCAAGAGCACCAUUGAGCGCACCGUCAGACAGCUGGAGAUGGUCUUGAAGCAGCCCGGGUGCAACAAGGUGCCGCUGCUGGUGUCCAGCAGUGACGACGCCGUAACAGCUGCCCAGCAGUUUGCUCAGUCGCCCAGCAUCACUCCAAUCUUCACACUGUCCAGUGUGAACGGGGUAAACCUGGACCUGCUGAAGGUUUUCCUCAAUGUGCUACCUCCACUGACCAACAGUAAGGAGCAGGAGGAGCUGAUGCAGCAGCUGACUGAGUUUCAGGUGGAUGAAAUCUAUUCUGUACCUGAUGUGGGGACAGUCGUUGGUGGGACCCUGUACAGUGGCAUUUGCAGAGAGGGCGAGCGGCUGGUGGUGGGCCCCACGGACAGCGGGCACUUCCUGCCACUGACGGUGUGCAGCAUCCAGCGAAACCGCUCGGGCUGCCGCGUGCUGAGAGCGGGUCAGGCUGCCACCCUGGCCCUGGGCAACUUCGACAGGGCCCUGCUGCGGAAGGGCAUGGUGAUGCUGAGCCUGGAGAUGCAGCCGACCGUCAGCUCGCUUUUCGAAUCCGAGAUCGUGCUGCUGUUUCACGCCAAGACCUUCCGCAGGGGCUUUCAGGUGACAGUGCACGUCGGCAACGUGCGGCAGACUGCCAUCGUGGAGCUGAUCCACGGCAAGGAGGAGCUGAGAACGGGAGAGAGGGCAGUCGUGCGUUUCCGCUUUAUCAAGCACCCAGAGUACCUGAAGGUGGGUGCGAAGCUGCUGUUCCGCGAGGGAGUGACGAAGGGCAUCGGCCAUGUGACCAAGGUCAUCAUGGAGCAGAAGACCUGAAAGCAAGUGAUCCCGGGAUUGUCCCGGCAUAUCUGCUCUCCAGCCCGAGGUGCCAGACCCACUCCAACUGCUCUUGGCCCAAGAUCAUGGGGGAUCACAUCUUCAGCCCCAUUAAACGCCCAGACCUGAACACCCUCAGCACGUGUCCUUGCAGGAUGAGUCCACCCUAUCCUCCUCUGGCUGCUCUCACAGCCCUCUGAUUCUUUGGUUUUAAAUCCAAGCCCAGCUCUUUGGAUUGCCUGCCUGCUUGUGCAGUUCACGGAGCUUCCUUGUCCCAUCAGGCAGAGCUGGGUAGCACAGGACCGGGUGAGAUAAAACCACGUGCUGUGUCUGAAUGCAAAAAGCUGCUGCACAGAUGAUGGCAGGUUAAAGCAAGGAGUUAGUGCCUUCUUUUGAUAUGGCUUCUAAGGAGUUUCACUGUGUCUAACUCGUGCCCCUGGAGUGUGUGAUGGGGCAAUGGCGAAGGAGCUUCAUUCUUGUGUUUGACCCUGGCAAUGUGCGAUGGGGCAGUGUGCCAUAGUUAUACAGCAUGGAAACGGGUCGUUUUGCCCAAAAUACCAAUUAAGAUGCUUGCCAAAGUUCGUCGCAUUUGCCUAUGUUUGGUGCACUGUGACAGGACAGUGAAGAGGAAGCUUCAUUCUGUGGCCAACCUUUUUUUACUGGGGGGGGGGGGGGGAAAUGACAGGACAUAUAGGAUGAGCUUCACUCUGUCUAACCCUGGGAGUUGUGGUACAUCUAUUUAAGGAGCUGGCAGGAAGUAGUUGAGGCAGGUACGUGGAAAGGUUUAAAGGGAUAUGGGUCAAACACUGACAAUUGUGACGUGUGGAUGGGCUUCUUGGUCGGCCUGGGUGAGUUGGGUCCUGAACUGUAUAACUGAAUCUGCGACAGGCCAGUGUAGUGGGAGCUUCACUCCUGUGCCCUGGGAGUGGACGAGUUGGGCCAAAGGGGCCGUUUCCAUGCUGUAUAUCUCCGUGGCUAUGAGAGUGUAGAGGGAACUUGAGUGUGCCCAACCCUGAUUGUUUUCUUAAUUUCAAAAUAUUCUUUAUCUUAACACUUCUAAAAUAUAUGUUCAUGCCAACAUUUUCCAGUAAUUCUCAUAAAGCAACAUUGGGACUUCAGUUAUUAUUCACAGUGCUCUCCCUUCCCCAAGGGUGUGUAGCAAGAGGGAGAGGGAGUUUUAGUUGGGCUGGGGAGUGAAUCAGCAGAAAAGUGCUUACAACAAUGUUUUCCUUUGUGUGAUAUAGGUCAUUAUGUACAUUAUUUCUGUAUAUAAAGAUGUACAGAGAUAUUUGCCUUUAAUAAAUAAUUUUAAGUGAUAGUU